AUGGCGCUAUAUGGGACUUCUGACACCUUGAUGUGCAGGGCGUUCCCAACAACCCUAAGGGGACCGGCCCGCGCAUGGUAUAGUGGCCUAAAGACCGGGACCAUCUCUUCCUUCGACCAGCUCGCCCGAGACUUCGAGCUCAACUUCCUGGCCUAUGCCCGUCCAAAGCCGUCCAUGGCAUUGCUCCUCGGACUCCACCAAAGGGAGGACGAGCCCCUCUCCCACUUCGCAUUCAUGAUAGGCCUGCGGCCCUCCAGGUUCUUCUGGUCUCUGGUCGAACGGCCCCCCACAAUGGUACCCGAGAUGCUCCAGCGGGCAAGCCAGUUCGUCGCCGCAGAGACAUGGAUGGCCGGGAAGCACAAAGAGCACAAGAGGGUCAAGAUGGAGCCGCCCCGGCCGCAGCAACCCGCUGCAUCUCGGCGUAGGUUAGACAGAUCCGACCCGCUGACAUCGAGGCCCCCUCUCCCAGCCUUAAACUCGUCCCGAACGGAAAUAUUCCUCCACAUAAGGGAAAAGGGACUGCUCAAAGAACCUUACCCGAUGAGGAAUCCGCGGGCACUGGCGGACCAGUCAAAGUACUGCCGCUUCCACAGGCAACAUGGGCACGACACCGAACAGUGUCGGGAGCUAAAGAGGCAGAUCGAGGAGCUCAUUCGUAGGGGACACCUUGGUCAGUACCUCCAACCGGACAAAGAACUUUCACCGCGCUCGGAGGGUCCCAUCGAACGACACAUCGACGUAAUAACGGGCGGCCCCACAUCUGGCGGGGAUUCCAUGACAAGAAGAAAGGUGUACGCCAGAGCCGCUCCGGCUGAAGCUCCUAGGCACGGGCCCGAGCCUAAUGACACCUUCCAGGCCGAGGUGCCCGAACAAGCCGAGCAUGACGACGCACUCGUGAUAUCGACCAGAAUAGCCAAUGUGCAAGUAAGGAGGAUCAUGGUCGAUACCGGGAGCUCGGCCGACAUACUCUACUUCGACGCCUUCCAAAAGCUUGGCUUACCCAGAGAUAGCAUGAAGCCAAUCCUCUCGGUACUCACCGGAUUCACCGGUGAUUCAAUCUCACCGCUGGGGGCAAUCACUUUACCAUUGACCUUGGGAGCCCCGCCGAAGUCAAAGACGGUAAUGACCACCUUCCUAGUAAUCGACCUCCCCGCUGCAUAUAACGCCAUUCUCGGCCGGCCAACCCUCAACAAAAUCAGAGCUGUCGUCUCGACCUACUACCAAACUGUGAAGUUCCCGACCCACGCCGGGGCAGGAGAGGUCGUAGGAAGUCCCCGAGAAUCCAGGCGCUGCUACCUGACCGCAGUUUCGUUACACAAGAGGGCCAGGACCGAACCACCAUUGGCAGACCUCCGAGAGGCGAAGAAGCCAGCCUCCCAUCCUGAGCCGAGGGGGUCCAUCGUAGACGUGCCGCUGCAAGAAGGUCGGCCGGAGCAGAUGGUUAGGAUCGGGUCGGAGCUACCUGAGCAAGAACGAAGACAGCUCGUCGGCCUCCUACAGAAGAAUGCCGACGUCUUCGCUUAG